AGCUAUAAUUAAUACUUCAUACAUUGAAUUAUCAAGCAUGGCUCUUUCUCGUGCCCUCAUCCUUGUUGCUCUCAUAGCUUCUAUCUUCUCGACCAUGGCUGUGGCAGAAGAUUUCAUAGUUGGUGAUCACAAUGGUUGGACAACUUGGUUUGAUUAUAAAACUUGGACUGCAAACAAGGUCUUUCGUGUUGGCGACACACUGACAUUCAAGUACUCUGCUUGGAAGGACAAUGUGAUCAGAGUGAAUGGAAGUGACUUCAUAAGCUGCUCUGUUCCAAAAACAGCACAAGUGUGGAAUAGUGGACAUGAUACAAUUUUGUUGACUAGCCCAGGGAGAAGAUGGUACAUUUCUGGUGCUGCUAAUCACUGCAAAUCUGGCCAAAAGCUGUUCAUAAAUGUGCUGCCACCACAAGGAACAUGGUGGUCUCCAACACCUUCCCCCUUUGCUUCACGUUCACCAUCACCAUCAUCAAAACCCAUUGAAAUAGUACUCACACCUGCACCUGCACCAUCAUCAAAACCCGUUGAAGUAGUACUCACACCUGCACCUGCACCUGCACCAUGGACUCCUACUGGAUGGAAGCCAAAGAAUCUGUUCAAAUUGUUUCAGUAAAAUUCAGUAGCUGUCUGGGAUUGGAUCUUAAUUAGUUGAUGUGUUCUGUUUCCAUGAGAGGUGUUAUUUUUCUAGUUACUAUAAUAAUUUUCCCCUUCACUUUUGUUUGUAUUAGCGAGUGCAUGUAUUGACAUUACUGAGAUAUUAUUUAUUUCAUAAAAGCCAUCACUUUGAUUGAUGGCAUUUGUAAGGUUUGCUAAUGAUAAAUUAUGAUUUAAUAAAGU